CAUCCUGCACAGUGAUUUCUUUUUUGUUGUUGUAUUUUAUUUCCUAAAUUGUGUCAAAUUACAGGAUCGUCCUGAUUUUAGCAAAUUAUUUAUGUAAAUAAGUUUACGUUAAAGUCAAUCAACGGCGUGACGUUUUUCUUUAGUAGUUUUUAAACCUCGGAAGUUCCCCAGCGGUCCGGAAGCUGAAGUUCACAAAGUGUCUUUGAACCCCUCAGCGGCUCGAGCCGGGCGGGCUGUUUGUUGAGAAACUUUUGUGGCGAUUGUUUGAUGCUUGGCAACUUUUCAGCAGAGGAGGUUGAAGGAAAACAAAGACGACGCGGGACAAGAAGGCGUCGAGCGCAGCCUGAGAAGAGCCGCUUCACGGCGGAGGGGAAGGCAUGGGCUGCGGCCACAGCAAGAAAAGUAAGAAAGGCAGCAAGUCCACCAAAGAUGGAGGUAAGCGUCACGCUCCCGUGGCGUUGGAGAAACAACUGGAGCGCUUCGAGUGGCAGAUGACCAUUCUCAAAGAAGUGCUCUCAGUCAAUGGCGGCGCAGAGAGGGCGGAGCUUCUCAAGGAGCACGCCGACGAAGAAGUGUGCACGCUCGUGCUCGGCAUCCUCGACAAGGUGAAGACAGAGACGGCAGCUCAUGUCAACCUUGUCCAUCAACAACAAAGUAAAAAAGUAUCAGAGCGACACCAGCAACACGUGCACGAGCUGACUCAAGCUCACGAGGAGGUCAAAGGUCAGCUGAUUGAGAGGUUCCACGAGGCUGAGAACACGUUGAAGGGCGAGGUAAGUGAGCUGAAGGCGGAGCUAGAGUGUUUCAAGCAGCUGAAGAGGCGUGUCCAAGACUGUACCUUCAAGAAGGAUCUGAUCAGAAACAUCAAGGCGCACGGCAGUCCAGGUGCAUUCUGGGAGUCUGAGCAGGAGUCUUUGCUGUUCGUCAUCGAGAUGAAGAGUGAGCGCGUGCAGGAGCAAAACAGGAAGUUGCAGCAGAUGGAAGAACUGACAGAGAAGAAAAAGAGUGUGGAGGAGCGUCUAAUUCAAGUAUCACAGCACAACGAUGAUCUGAGAGGACGUCUGGACAACACACACACUGUCUUACAGCAGCUGUCCAGGGAGCAUCAGGACCUGAAGGUGGCGCUAGAGAGGCAGCUGGCGCUCAACCAGACGCUUGCCCGAGAAAAAGAGCAGCUUGUCUUCAAGAUGGCGGACUCGUGUCCCGCCAUCAACAUGGCCGCCGCACGCCCCGUGUUGUCCCAAGUCACGCCGCUGUGAGCGCCACGCCGCCAUGUUCUUCUUUUGUGGACGAACCAGAGACGAAAGUCCCACUUUUAUUUCAAGCUCUUGUUCAAAGAUUUUUACAAAAAAAAAAAAAAAUGUUUUUACGACAUGUUUACUGACCUUAAAAGGACAUCCUUCCUGUGCCAAACAAUUGGAAUUUCUUCUGACUGAUUGUGUUUUGUGUUGCUGCUAGCAUGUGAGCAUGUUAGCAUCAUGUUAGCAUCAUGUUAGCAUGUUAUCAUUAUGUUAGCAUGUUAUCAUGAUGUUAGCAUCAUGUUAGCAUGUUAUCAUGAUGUUAGCAUGUUAGCCUCAUGUUAGCAUGUAGCUCGACCAUCCUGGUCCUGUGCCAAAAAAAAGAAGCGUGUUCAGUGUUGUGAAAAUGAGAAUUGUUGUCAAGCACUCGCACUUUUUCACAUGCAUGUUAACAUUUUAUUGUUGUUACAUUGAUGGAAAUGUCUUUUUUUUUUUUUUGAGUGGGGUCAAAAAUGUCAAUAAAAAGUUCACAACAACAAUAAUA